UUCCGACGUAACCCGGAUGUGGCCAUCCAGAACUGGAGAGCCCUCUCUAUGUGUGAAUAGCCGUUCAUUCCGUGCCUCUAAUGCCUCAACACAUCGUUUUUGCGCGUUGUUUUGGAGUGAAGUGCUCCCUCUCAGAAGUCUAUCUGCACGCCUCCAAUAGCUCGUAAAGCCAAAACGAAACAACGGAACAUGUAUUGCUGCUGUACCUUACUCGUUUGGCAGUUAUGAUGGACACCCAGCAAGCCAUAAUGGCGCUUCCAUUUACAGUUGAGAGGAAUAAGGUGGUGUCCUGGGCUGCAGUUCCUGGUUGCAAACUCCAAAAGUCGGAUUUAAAGCUCAAACGGGGAUCCAAGGCAUUUGAUCACAAUCAUGCUGCUUUGGUCAAAUUGGGGAUGGCCCGUUGGCACUGAAGCAGCAGCAUAGCCCCUUAGUCAGUCUUACGAACAGCAAAUGAUUUAUCCAUGUCAGAUGAUGGCCUACUUCUCUGCCCUUCGCAUCCCCCUUAUGACUUCUGCAAAGGAGGAGGCUUUGUCUGGUGCUGACCGAUGUGUUGAAGACUGAGGUCGGCAAGGCUUUUUUGGACAAGCGACUCGGUCGCGCUUGCAGCAAACAAGCCCAAAUGGUGAGCGAGAGAAAUCCAUGCAAGAAAGAAGCCGUCAAGUGUCGAGGCCAAAAGCCACCCAGGAAUGACAUGAAUAAGAGUGCAAUGCCCAAAUGUGUCCAGAAGCGCACCCCAUCAUCCCUACAAAGGUUGGGGUUCAGGAAGAGGUUACAUCAUGUUAACAAUGGAGAAGAAAGCCAAGAUAUUGAUCAGACAGUCCUUGUUGCGGAAAAUGGGGAGGACUACGGAGUGGUCGACUGCGGCUUGUCAGUGAGCUGGAAGCCCGCAGACGAUACCGAAGACGCUGAUGAGUUUUCCCCAACUCCCAUCAAGGACAUUGGGACUCAAGAGAAACAUUUUCUGAAAAGGAGAAAAACUGUAGGAAGAUUGACCAACGGCAAUGGAACAAGCAGCCCGAAACGACAACGAGAAAGUGUGGUAUGCCCUUAUGGGGAAGGUGGACUGAUCCCGGUUAGUCUGAUUGAACCCGGCGAAGACUGUGAUGCGGACGACAUGGACAGUAACGUAGACCAGUUCUCCCUGGGACUGGUUGGGAGAGCAGUCGCCAAUUCCAAUUUGGAAUCAGAGGACGUCAUCGGAGCUCCCGGUUGCAGUCGCUUGCCCACACAGGACGAUCCUGCCCAAGCCAUGCCGGGAGAGCCAAUUGUGCUGUCCAGUGAAGAUGAAGAGAGCAACGAUUUUAUUCAUCGAAGAGUCAGACGUGCUCGUACGCUGUUCUCGCAAGAAGAUAGAGGAGCUGAGGACUGUGAGCAACAUUUGUUACAGGAACUUGAGUCCAAAGAACCUGAUGGCCCUGACUUGCAGAAAGUUGAGGUGUUGCAUGUGGUUGUAGGCGAGUCGGGGUCAUGUUCUCCUACACCCAGAAUCGAACGCUCUUUUCUGGGUGUGGCCUUCACCUCCAUGUUCUGUGGAGGUUUCCAAGGGGAAGCAAAUGGAUACCUCAUGGUAGUCAACCAAAAGAUCAUCAUACCAUUGAAAGACUCAAGCCACCAUCUGGAUGUGACGUUGACCUUGCAGCGUGCGGAUCUGAGGAGGUACAGCGUUUGGGAGUCGGAGGACCUGGAAUCCAGAGGCCUGUGCUGGCCUUCCAGUGCCGAGCCUUUUACCAUCCUUUUGUUUUGUGUGACACAAAGUGCUGCUGUGGCUUUGCACCAGGAUCUUCUUCUCCUUUGUGCCCAAAAUGGUGCACCGCCCAGCACUGGAAGCCCAAGUCCCUUCCUCGUGCUGACUCUCAAGGACCCUCUGCUGGGCAUGGAGGGGGCUCUUUUGCAGUCUCUCUUGGAAUUAGACUGUCUCAACGGUCUGGCAAAUGAAGAAAGCCAUGCCGAUACGCUUGAUCUGAAGAACUUCACCAGUCCAGGUCUUUCAUUGGAUGAAAGCCUGGAGCUGAUAAAAUCAAGCGGCCGAGACCCGCUGUUGCUGCGGAUGCUCGGCCUGGACACGGACGCCUCUUCAUCCGAAUCGGACCAACGCAGUUCAUGCUCUGAAUCGGACGUGGAUGCGCAGAAGGAGACAGUAGAAGAGGCCAAGAAUUCGCUGUUGCUGAACAUGGACGAGAUGCAGACCUUCCUUGAACAUGAGCUUGAAACGACUCUCACGCAGGAGCAGGAUACAGAGGUGGAUCUUGGAAAUCAACACAGUCCAGAUGAAGAGCAGAAGAAUCAAGAGGAGGACAAAAUGGCAGGCACCCCUUUGUACACACUGUGUCGGCGUAGAACUGCAGGGGCAUACACAGUGACCAUGUGUCAACCUGACUCCACUUGGGUUAAAUACAAACAUCAGGGCCUGGCCCACCGGUUGAUCCAGUUCCCUCCACCUCCGCUCAAAGGUGGAAUCACAGUGACAAUGGAAGACCUGCAGUGUCUCGACAGCGGCCAGUACCUCAAUGACGUCAUCAUCGACUUUUACCUCAAAUACCUCCUCCAGAACUCGCUGCAGGAUGUUGUCGAGCGCUCGCACAUCUUCAGCAGCUUCUUCUACAAGCAGCUCACUCGCAGAGACAAUGCCAGCGAAGGCAGUGCCACGGAAUCCUGUCAGAGGCAGAAGCGGCACCAGAGAGUAAAGACGUGGACACGCCACGUAGACAUCUUCAAAAAGGACUUCCUAUUUGUUCCCGUCAACCAGGAGGCUCACUGGUAUCUGGUGGUCAUCUGCUUUCCUGGAUUGGAGGAGUCCAGGUUGGAGCCAUGGACAGAAAGUAGCCACAACGAGUCACCCGAGCAAGAGGAAACCGAAGGCUCAGAAAACUCAAAUGACGCCAUGACGACAACACUGAAGCUGAACAGCAGCGAGAGUGCGGACACGGCAUCUGCAAAAGAGCCCACUCAAACCUCUCAUGGUAAAGUGAACUGCACAGCGAAAACUUGCCAUAGAAAGCUUGUUUCAAAGAGGCCUUGCAUUCUCAUCAUGGACUCCCUCAAAUUGUCUCUUCACGAGCGCAUUUUUAAAGUGUUGCGAGAGUACCUGCAGUCGGAAUGGGAAGCACGACGCGGCUCGAUACGAGACUUUGGUCCCGACCAGAUGACAAGCUCCCAUUGUCAGGUUCCUCUGCAGGACAACAGCAGCGACUGUGGUCUCUACCUACUGCAGUACGUGGAAAGUUUCCUCAAGGACCCUGUGGUACAUUUUGAUCUGCCUCUACACCUGCAACGCUGGUUUCCACGGCGACAGGUGCGCAAGAAGCGGGACGAAAUCCGCGAUCUGGUAUUGCACUUGUACCGACAGCAGAUGAGCAAAAACUGAGGGUCCCGCGACAAUGACACGGCCCACCCAGGAAUCUGUAUCGCUCAUACUGAGCGAAUCGUUUCAGCCUGAACUCUUCCGAAUCGCGGACCCUUGCUCGGUCGCCCAAAACGACAACACAGCCGAUGGACAGCUACUUUUAAACUGAAAUGAAUUGCCUUUUGUCCUUUUUUUUUUUGUUCACUUUAGAGUUUUUUUUUUAUAGAAUGUUAUACAGUAUUAUUAUUGUUGACACAUUAUUUUUGAUAAAUAUGAUGAGCUUUUAUUUAAUCUACACAAAUUCACCGGUCAAACAAUAUGUGUCCCGAGUUGAUAACAAUAUGAAAAAUGAAUUUGUGUUAGGUAUAAAUUGUUCUAAUUGGAA